AUGUCGACGAGAGCUGACAAGUCGACCAGCUAUCAACGCAACGUGCACGCAACUACACUCUUUAUGUCCCGCAUCCUCUACUCUACCCGGACAUCUCCAUUGACCAAACCAACUCUCCUCUUCCAGAGUCUCCAUCGGACAUAUCAAACCCGCGGUCGCGCCUUCCCCAAAGCUACAGCCAUCUCAGCAACCUCUACACUCUUCCAACGCGCAACCUAUCCCUCCCCUCUACAGACCAUACGCAACAUGUCAAGCUCCACCAUACCAUCAACUCCCCGCUACAAACUAAUCUUUUUCGUCCCCCCCUCCCACCUCGACCCCUGCAAAGAAGCCAUCUUCGCCACGGGCGCAGGCACCUUCCCGGGCGGCAAAUACACCAAAUGCUGCUUCCAGACACGCGGACAGGGACAAUUCUUGCCGAAUGAGGGAGCGAAUCCAGCGAUUGGAGCCGUGGGCACGGUUGAGCAAUGUGAGGAGGUCAAGGUGGAAAUUAUGUGUCUUGGUCGCGAGGUUAUGUUGGAUGCGGUGAGGGAGUUGGUUAGGGCGCAUCCGUAUGAGGAGGUUGCGUAUGAGGUUUAUCGUAUGGAAGACGUUUGA